AUGCUGUUGCAUCCCACGGUGUCAGGAUUGUGCACCAUGUUGCAGACCAUUUAUGAGACAGAGUCCUGUUUUUCUUCUGCCAGCACAGACAGCCAACAGCCACUGGAGCUCCUGAGUAGCAGCAGGGGCUCCACCACUGCCAUGCCUACAGCUGUCGUGGAGGUGAAAAGCAGCCUUCCAUCAGGCAUGCAGAGCCCAGUAGGAAAAGCAAGUGAACAGCGAGGAGAAGUUGGUGGUUCAGAAGAAGUCUCAGUUGUUGGUGGAGGCCCUGUUGACCUGCGCACUGAGCCCAGGUUGGGAUCAUUGUCUGUGGGAAGUACAGGAGUGGACACAACUUUGAGAGAGCAGCAGCUUCAGCAUGAAUUGGUACUACUGAAACAGCAGCAAGAACUCCAGAAACAACUCCUAUUUGCUGAAUUCCAGAAAAAACAUGAAGUCCUAACCAGACAACAUGAAGUCCAGCUACAGGAACACCUCAAGCAACAACAGGAGCUGUUGGCAGCAAAGCGUCAGCAAGAGCUGGAACAGAAGCGAAAACUGGAACAACAAAGACACGAAGAGCAGGAGAAACAACGACUGGAGCAACAACUCCUUCUACUUCGAAAUAAGGAGAAAGGCAAAGAGAGUGCUAUUGCCAGUACAGAAGUAAAGUUGAAACUGCAGGAAUUCCUUCUAAAUAAGAAAGAACCUGCUAUUGGUGGACUGAAUCAUUCCUUCUCAAAGUGCUGGGGAGGCCAGAACACUUCCUUGGAACAAAAUUCUCCACCCCAGAAUAACACCCCAGGAACUCCUCCAUCUUAUAAACUUCCUACAUUACUGGGUAACUACGAGGGCAAGGACGACUUUCCACUCCGCAAAACAGUGUCAGAGCCCAACCUGAAGGUACGGUCACGGUUGAAACAAAAAGUAGCUGAGAGGCGAAGCUCUCCACUCCUCAGAAGGAAAGAUGGCACUGUCAUCAGCACCUUCAAGAAAAGGGCCAUUGAGAUUUCAGUCUCCCCUCUCUGUAGCAGCGCUCCAGGUUCGGGGCCCAGUAGUCCUAACAGUUCUAAUUCAGCUAUUGCUAAUGGCAACACUGGAUCUGUCCCUAACAUACAGACUGAGCUUCGAUCCCUUCAUCAGACGGUAGGAGCUGAUGGGACAUUGAGUCCGCUAAGUCUCUACACUUCACCAUCUCUGCCCAAUAUCUCUUUAGGACUCCCUGCGAACACACACAUCACGGCCUCCCAGAAGUUGUCAAGCCAACAGGAAGCAGAGCGUCAAGCCAUUCAGUCUCUCCGAGCCGGUGGAGCUCUAACUGGGAAGUUUCUCUCCACAUCCUCCCUGCCUGCAGGUGUAGGACAUGAUGGAGAGAGUCAGCCUCCUAGCUCACACUCUGCACAUUCUUCAUUAUUGCAACAUGUACUAUUACUAGAGCAGGCCAGACAACAAACUGCAAUGCUAUCUGUCCCCAUGUACAGCCAGUCACCCCUGGUUACAGCAGAGAGAGGAGUGUCCAGCGGCAUGCGAUCAGUCAAUAAGCUGCCUCGCCAUCGGCCUCUAGCUCGUACCCAGAGUGCACCUUUGCCCCAAUCUCCCCAAGCCCUCCAACAACUGGUAGUUCAGCAGCAACAUCAGCACUUUCUGGAGAAACAUUAUAAAAUGCUUUCAAAGGGGUCAGACCUACCCAGACCACCUCCCACUCAUCCAGAGGAGACAGAAGAGGAGCUUACAGAGACCAAUGACAUGCAAGAGGAGGAUGUAGAAACAAGCAGUCUCAGACUUCAGACGGAGGGGUCAGAUGACAGCGCAAUCCCCACUGAUCGCCGAAGUGUGCACCCAAAUGAAGAAGAACCAGGAGUCGUUCGUGUGAAAGGAGAGAGCACAGAAAGUGAACUGGAUGAUGAAGAGGAGGAAGAUGAUGUCAUUCAUCUGGGGGAUAGCGAAGAAGAUGGAAGGGGGAACUACUGUCAGGCCUCGCAACAAAUGGAUGUAUUACCCUCCCCCUCGCCUCAUAGGCCGCUGGGAAGAGCACAGUCUUCUCCGGCAGCUGGUGUCAAUCCUGUCAGGCAUCUCUUUACAACAGGACUUGUUUAUGACAGUCUGAUGUUAAAGCACCAGUGUGUUUGUGGCAACGCUCACAUCCACCCAGAGCAUGCUGGAAGAGUGCAGAGCAUCUGGUCCAGGCUACAGGAGACAGGCCUGCUGGGCCGCUGUGAGAGAAUUCGUGGGCGUAAAGCAUCCCUGGAUGAGAUCCAGACUGUCCAUUCCGAGUUUCACACUCUGCUCUACGGAACCAGUCCACUGAAUCGACACAAACUGGACCACAAAAAGCUAUUGGGUCCAAUCAGUCAGAAGAUGUAUGCUGUUCUUCCGUGUGGAGGAAUAGGGGUAGACAGUGACACUGUGUGGAAUGAGAUGCACUCAUCUGCAGCUGUCCGCAUGGCAGUGGGCUCUGUUAUUGAACUGGCCUUCAGAGUUGCAGCAGGGGAACUGAAGAAUGGAUUCGCAGUAGUGCGUCCGCCAGGACAUCAUGCAGAAGAAUCCACUGCCAUGGGGUUUUGUUUCUUCAAUUCAGUAGCCAUCACUGCCAAGCUACUCCAGCAGAAACUGGGAGUGGGAAAGAUCCUCAUUGUGGACUGGGACAUUCACCAUGGCAACGGCACGCAGCAGGCCUUCUACAGUGACCCCAAUGUCCUCUACAUCUCCCUCCAUCGCUACGAUGACGGCAACUUUUUUCCUGGCAGCGGAGCACCUGAGGAGGUGGGAUCUGGUGCAGGUGUGGGCUUCAAUGUGAACAUAGCAUGGACAGGAGGAGUAGAGCCCCCUUUGGGUGAUGUUGAGUACCUCACUGCCUUCAGGAGUGUGGUGAUGCCUAUUGCUCAGCAGUUCAGUCCAGACGUCAUUCUGGUGUCUGCAGGCUUCGACGCGGUGGAGGGUCAUCAGUCUCCUCUAGGUGGUUACAUAGUGUCUGCCAAAUGUUUCGGUCUGCUAACCCAGCUCUUGAUGGGUCUGGCUGGUGGGCGCGUUGUUAUGGCAUUAGAGGGUGGUCAUGACCUUACUGCCAUCUGUGAUGCAUCAGAAGCUUGCGUCUCUGCACUCCUUGGAGACCCGAGUGACUCAGCAUUUCAGUGGCCUCAAGAGAAGCCAUGUCCAAAAGCCUGCGCUUCUCUAGAAAGAGUGAUCGAAAUCCAGAGUAAACACUGGCCUUGCCUCCAGACUUUGUCUCCAACGGGCAGCCACUCGCGACUGGACAGCCCAGUGGGAGCGCAGGUUCAAUCAGAGAAGGACGAGGCAGACACAGUUAGUGCCAUGGCCUCUUUGAGUGUUGAUGUAGAGCAGUCAGGCUCGACCACCGACAUCGCUGACGCCAGCAGGUCUACAGAGGAGCCAAUGGAAGAGGAGCUAGUUUUAUAA